AUGGGCUUCAAACGCCCCCACUCCGACGUUGACGGCGGCGGGUCGUCGAGACACAACGGCCCCAACAAGAAGACGAAACCACACUUCCAGAGCCACAAGCCAGCCGCCAAUGGCAAUUCAUCACAAUUAGGCGCUUCCUUGCACGAGGUCAAGAGGCGCGCGCGGAAUAUCGAACGGCGCUUCGCCAAGGGUGACGACCUCCCGGCAGACGUGCAGCAGAAGCUCGAGAGGGAACUGGCGCAGUGCAAGGCGCAGAUCGAGGAGAUACUGCACAAGAAGAAGCGCAGCGACAUGAUUUCCAAGUACCACAAGGUCCGCUUCUUUGAGAGGAAAAAGGCAGAGAGGCUGCGCAAGAAGCUGCAGAAACAGGCCGACGAGUGCACCGACCCGGAGGAGAAAGCCAGGAUUGCGGCGGACCUACACAUCGCCGACGUGGAUUACCACUACUCCAGAUACUUUCCGUUCCUAGAACGAUAUGAGAGUCUAUACACCGCACCGGAGAAUUUGAAGGAGGACGAGACAGAGGACAAGCCUGCCGCAUUACGAGCGCUGCAUUCUGAGCGGCCGCCCAUGUGGAAAGUUGUGGAAGAGGCAAUGAGGAACGGCCAGGCCGCGUUGGAGGAGCUACAGGAGCGGAGGCCAGAGAAGUCGCAGGAUGCCCAGCCAGAGAGACCAAAACCAAGGGCGGCCAAAGAAAAGAAGGUGCAGCGCCCGGAACCCAGGCCUGCCCCCAGGACGGCCAAGGCGCAGGAGCCGAAGAAGAAAUCAGAAGCAGCACCCAAUAUGGAACUCAACCGUCGACAGAGGCGUGCCAGGGGGAUAUUCAAUGAGAAAGGGCCGGCUGGCAGCGGCGAGACUGGGGAUGAUUUCUUUGCUUAG